UAAAACGAUGUCUCAAGUACAAAAAUUACUAUCAAAAAAUGAAAUUAGUGCUAAAGCUGGUAAUUGUCUAACGAAAAGUAAUGAAAUGAUGUUCAACCAAUCAGGACUAUUACAUGAAAUGAUGAAGCAAUGCUGGGGAGCCAAUUUUGUUUCUCCGAUUGAACAAGAAUUAAAAAGAGAAGACUUUAAAGUAUUAGAUGUAGGAUGUGGUAGUUCAAGUAUGUGGCUAUUACAACUUUCAGAAGAUUAUCCGUCAGCAAAAUUUGUUGGAUUGGAUAAAAUUUCAAAAUUUCCUAAGGACUUUUCACAAAAUAAUUUGCAGUUUACUCAAGGUGAUAUUUUAGAGGGGUUACCUUUUGAAGAUGAUUCAUUUGAUUUUGUACAUAUGAGAUUUGUUUUAAUGGAAUUCACCGAAGAACAAUGGGAAGAAAAAGUUAUUAAAGAAUUAGUCAGAGUAUGUAAACCAAAUGGAUGGAUAGAACUUUUAGACAUUGAAGAAACUAAACUUGUCAGUCCAUCUUCUAAACGUUUAUUAGCGUUAUUUGGUGAAUAUUUAGAAUGUAAAGGAAUUAGUAGUAGUGAUAAUAUUAUGACCGAAGGGAUCUUUGACUUUUUGGAUGCUACCAAUCUAAUUGGUCGCAUUUAUUCAGAUGAAAGACUUGUUCCCAUCGGAAAUUGGGGCGGAGAUUUUGGAAAAUUAGCUUUAAAAUGGAGUAUUAUGAUGUUUUGUUCAUUAAAAAAGGUGUUUGUCCCGUUAAGAAUGAGUGAAGGGGAAUACGAAAGAUUAUUAAAUCAACAUUCGAUGGAAAAUGAUUAUCAUUCUUAUCUUAUUUUUCGUAGAAUUUACUGUCAGAAAAAUUUUUAAAUCGUUACUGAUUUAUAUUAAGAAGUAUACGAAUGAACAUUAUAUACGAAUGGACAAUAUGAAAUUUCGUAAACUUUUUU